GCUGGGAUUACAGGCAUGAGCCACCAUGCCCUGCCACUGCUUCCCUAUUCUAUUGAUAAAACAGGAGUUAAAGUUCCUCGUAAUUUUCGCUUGUUGGAAGAACUUGAAGAAGGACAAAAAGGAGUAGGCGAUGGUACGGUUAGCUGGGGCCUUGAAGAUGAUGAAGAUAUGACACUUACAAGGUGGACAGGCAUGAUUAUUGGGCCACCAAGGACAAAUUAUGAAAACAGAAUAUAUAGCCUGAAAGUAGAAUGUGGACCUAAAUACCCAGAAGCUCCUCCGUCAGUUAGAUUUGUAACAAAAAUUAAUAUGAAUGGAAUAAAUAAUUCCAGUGGGAUGGUGGAUGCCCGGAGCAUACCAGUGUUAGCAAAAUGGCAAAAUUCAUAUAGCAUUAAAGUUGUACUUCAAGAGCUAAGACGUCUAAUGAUGUCCAAAGAAAAUAUGAAGCUUCCACAGCCACCAGAAGGACAAACAUACAACAAUUAAUUUUAGUGGAUCUCAAACUUGUCUUAAAUCAACAACCUUCUACUCAUGUUAAUGUCUUGAUUAAAUAUCACAAUGAAAAAUACCCACACAUUAAGUAAAAGAAUUCCAGCUGGUAAACAUGACCUGGACAUUUGUAAGAAUAUAUUUAAUACAUGUACACCCAUUAUGUUUUCAGGUAACAGGAGGAAAAAUGCAGCACAAUUUUUUUUCUCUUGUUAAGGCAUUGUCAUUUAAACAUAAACCUGGAGUACUCGAAGUAGAAUUCAGGUUUACAAGAUGAAAGCGUGUGGAGAAGUGUCAGAUGGCAGUGGAAGCAUGUGUGUUUCUAAAAAGUGAAAAUCUCAAGAAAGAAAACAGAAAUGGCAUGCUUUACCCAUCUUGCUUAGUGAAAGAAAGCUGCAGUUGAAAUUGUUUAAAAAGUAGCAGGUACAACGAAUAUUGUCACAGAUGUGUUAAUUUUUGAAGCGGUGUGGGUGCUGACUACUAGUAGUAUCAAAAAUAUGUUCAGGAUUGUUUUGAUACCUGUAUUUAUAAUAAAAAAUGUUGGGGGGAGUUGAUGAAUUUCUGUUAAAAGCUGUUCUUGUGUGUUACAUGUAACAGACAUGGUAAAUAUUUGUUUACAGUCUUUGUUUAACCAUGCAUUUAAGUUUAAGUGAAGUCAACAAAAAGGAAAUAGGUGUAUGGAUAUGUGAUUUUGAGAUUAAAGUUAGUCUUAAAAUGUAAAUAAAAUGUGGAACGUGUCCUCAGACUGUGCCAUUUCUAUUAUGUUGAUGUAGUAUAUGUACAGUACCAUGCUAGGGAAGCAAAAAUUGGAAUUAUGUAGCUUUUCCUGUAUACACACUUUUAUUUACCCUAUUUUGUGUACUUCUUGUGAAUUAUAAUGUGCAGACUAUUUCAGAAAAGAAAUUAUCUAGUUUAAUUUCUUCUUUGGACAAGGAGGAGUCCUAGGUAUUAUAUUUUGAGUUUGAUUUCACCAGAAAUAAUAUUAUUAAAAAGAUCUUUGCAUUCUGGCAAUUCUUUUAGGAUUAUAGGUUGCAAAUUAUCCAAAUACAUAUCCCAUUUUUAAAAUCAUAACAUCUUUUUUAGUUGUUUUUCUGUGAAGCUUUUGGUUAAUAAAUCGGGUGAACUAAUUGGAGACUUUUAUCUUCCAGUUAGGGCUUUUAAUACUAGCAAGGAUAACUUUAUUCAUUCCACUGUUCUCUACUCUACAAAUAUGAACUCUGAAGUUGAAAAUUCAUUUAUGUUCUGCUUUUACCAAAGUGACGUGAGGCAUUAGGUCACUAUUUCACUUCAAAGUACUGGAUACAAAGCUUUGUUGAAAAUGCUGUUUGAUGAAUUCACUGAAGAAUAUAGAAAAGUGGUCAGGUAAAGUCUCCUUUUAUUUUGUCAAGCUUAAUAAUUUGUCUCAUACUUUACCCCGGUAUAUAUAUAGGCAAACCAAAACCUUAUCAAAUAUUAAAUUAGAUGUUCAAACUUUGCUUAUAAAGUAAAGUAUUGGCCAUGCCGUGACUCAUGCCUCUAAUCCCAGCACUUUGGGAGGCUGAGACAGGCAGAUCACUUGAGGUCAGGAGCUUGAGACUAGCCUGGGCAACAUGAUGGAACCCCAUCUCUACUAAAAAUACAAAAAAUUAGCCAGGUGUGGUGGUGGGCACUUGUAGUCCCAGCUACUCGGGAGGCUGGGCAGGAGAAUUGCUUGAACCUGGCAGACGGAGGUUGCAGUGAGCCGAGAUCACACCACUGCUUCAGCCUAGGCGACAGAGCAAGACUCCGUCUCAAAAAAAAAAUAUUAAUAAUUGACCUUGGCUGUAUAUUAAAAUAGUUACUUUUAUAGUAGGGCACAGUUCUCAAACAUGCCCUGAAAGGCUUUUAUCAAGCUCAUAUAAAGUUAAAACUUUGAGCUACCUUUUCUUGGCCAAUAGUACAUUAAAGUCACUGAGUUUAUGUAAACAUUAAUUUCAACAUGGCUGUUCCAUUUUAUUUAUCAAAUAUAUUUAAAAUGCUUUAAGAUGAUACAUAGAGAACAUACACAUACAUACAAAUUAGUGCAUGUGUAAUUUGUUAAAUUUGAAAUGAACUAUUACCUUGAAAUAUAGUCUUUAAAAAUUUUUAAUGGUUAAAGAAGAUUAAAUUGAAUGAACUGACACUGUAGUCUAAUGGUAACUGAUAAUCUGAAUCCAUCUCUCUGAUAACCUCCUUUCCAUUUUGAAAAUGUGUCUUAUUAUACAUGGAAGCUAGUAACUACUUGAAUGCUGUUGGCAGGAUGAGGGUCUGGGUCCCUCAGUCUCUUGUCCUCUUUCCUUCCCCCAAAUCUAUGAUUGUGAAGUUGCCAACCCCCCGCCCCCUUCUCCUGCCAAGUACAUGUUGUCAGAGUCAGCCCUAUAAUGUUCAUCUCCCCUCUUGGUUGUGAGAUUAUGGAUCUCUGUAGAAAUUUGCAUGCCAUUUAACCCAUUUCUAAAGCAGAAUCCAUUCUGCAUGUCACAAUCAAGAUGUACUUGGCAAUCUAAGACACACUGGGAGACUGUAAGAGGAAUUAAUAUAGAAAAGCUCUUAAUUAUAGUAACAUUUGGAAGAAAUUUUUCCUUUGUUUUGUAAAGUGGCUAAGGUUUUAGGAGUGUGUGGUAUUACCUUUUAAAUGAACUGUAAAAUUGCCUUAGAAAUUUGUUUAAAAGGCUAGCAAGUGAAACCCUUGAGGGUGAUCAUAUAUUAAUAAAGAUUACCAAAAGAAA